AUGUCGUUCGGCUUCUCCCCCGGCGAUAUUGUUUUGCUUGGCAAAUUUCUUCUCAAAGUCCGCCAGUCAUUGAAGGAAGAGGACGGGUCCCAAGUCCAGUAUCUUCGCGCCAUAAAGCAAUGUAACGACUUUGAUGCCGUCUUGGAUUCCAUACGAAGGCUUGACUUAUCAAAUUCAACCGAGUCCUUCAAAGAACAGCUGGCACAGUCCGCCUUCGAUACUCAGGGGGUUAUAAAUGACUUUCGCCAGACAGUCGCCCGCUACGAGAAGUCGAUGGGGGCUGGUUCCUCACGCGGAAAAAUCGCGAGCGCCCCAAGGAAGAUACAGUGGGCCUUUGACGCGGCGAAUGACCUCGACGAUUUCAGGAAGCGGUUGCAGUCACAAAUUGAUAGGAUCCAACUCACAUUACAGGGUAAUGCUUGGGAAAUGCUGGCAAAGGUAUACGAGCGGACGCAGUUUCUGGAGGGGCCACCCUUAGCAAAUGCGAUUUUAGCACCGAGAGCUGUUUCCAUGCGUCGAAACACUUGGAUGGUUGGUGGUGCCGCAGCGCCCCUAACUCUGGAAGGUGUCUACCAAGAGGUUGGCUUCAUUAGAGAUUUGUUCUUCAGACGCUUCUUCAGCAAUGAAGCCUAUUCCCAGAUUCGGGAAAUGGGACGAGCCUUUACCCUCCCGGAUAACGCCUCUGACACACCGCCGCCGCCGAGCCCCGAAUCAGUCCCAGGACCAGGGAAGCGGCAAACCCACGCCCCCUCGUCCGCUAAGCAACCUCCGGCGCCUGCACAACCACCUAAUGAAAGCGCCACAAUGGGCCUGGGCGAUGAGAUAAACGAGCGUCUUCGAUCUUGGCAUCUCGAGGAACUAUCGCCGCAUGAAAAGCGGCAGCUGCAAACACCUUCUUCGGCGCUGCAGCUGUUGCUUGAACCACCGACCACCGAGAGCACUGAGAGCCCAGCCAGUGGCACUCAACCGACACCUUUUAAGGAGGAGUCAUCACCAGCCAGCGAGCAAGGGGCUCCUCCAGAUGAAAAGCCAAGAAAAUCCCGUCGUUUUGCAAGCCCCGAAUUUUCAGGCUCCUCGAUGGACCCAAUGGCUUCCUUAGGAAUAGCAUCAAAUAUCCUCCAAAUGGUGGAAAUUGCAGCUAAGUUGGCGACCACGUACCGUAGUUUGCGUAAUAAUAACCGAGAGCUACUGCGACUCGCAUCGACACUCUCCAGAGUUUCAGAAAUUUUGCACAUGAUGUUCGAGAUAUCACAGACGUCUAUGUCAGGUCCAAUCCAAGACUUAAGCUUGAGGUUAACCGCAGAAAUCCAGGAAGAUGUAAGGGCUGCAGAAGAGCUUCUACACCAGUUGAAGCCUGGUCCCUCCACGGCGCUCGCCCACCUCUCUAAGACGAUCAAAUUCGUUAUACAUCGCCAAGAGGUCGAAAAUGUCACUCAAGCUCUAGAGCGCCUGGAUGGGAAGUUUGCCUUUGUGCUGCAGAUUCACCAAGCAAAGAUGACUGAGUCUUUCAUUGAGAGGAUGAAAAUUGUGGAGGAUGGGAUCCGGAAUUUGAGCUAUGAGGUGUAUCAACAGGGCAGACACUCUAUGGACUGA